GUCUUUCAGGAGUUAUCUCUGGAAUUCGCUCCGUGCCUCAGUCGGUCGGAGGCAGGCGCACUGUGCGGUGCCACCACUUCGAGCUCUUCUCCUCCACCCUAGCCCUCGGGUCUCGUCGAAUAAGACACAGAAAAAACAAGAGACAGCAUCGAAACCGAACCCAAUCAUGGACAACGUCGUCUCCGGCACAGUGGACGAGGGGAAGGUGCGCGAGGAGCCCCGGGACGGAGCCGACAGCCCCGACCCGGGGCCCCAGUGCGAGGGCUCCGGGGAGACGGAGGCGCAGGUGCACGCCCCUGCCGGGGGAGAGCGCAGCUCGUCGGACUACAUGGAGAUCAGGGACCGGGACAGCCCGUCCUGCAGCUCGUCCUCCUCGUCCAGCGACGAGGAGGACGAGGUCAAAGCAGAGGAAGCCGCGGAGCCAAAGGUGGAGGUGACGGUGGAGCCACCGGAGCCAAAGGUGGAGGUGACGGUGGAGCCAAAGGUGGAGGCGACGGUGGAGCCACCGGAGCCAAAGAUGGAGGCGACGGUGGAGCCAAAGGUGGAGGUGACGGUGGAGCCAAAUGUGGAGGCGACGGUGGAGCCACCGGAGCCGGCGGUGGCGGUGGAGCAGGUGAACGGCGAGGCGCACGACGGAUCCAGGCGUUCCUCGGCCUCCUCCGCCUCCCACGGGGACCCGUGCGACGACGACCCGCCGAGCCAGCCGAGCGCCCGGGACGAGGACGAGGCCGAGGACGGGAUGCUGAAGGCCCCCACCCAGCCCAACGGGGACGGCGAGACCGAGGGGUCCGUCGACUACAGCCUGAAAACUCCGGAGAGCGUCACCCUGGACGAGCCCAGUCAGCCUGAGAUCUCCCUGUUCGUCAAGGCAGGCAGUGACGGAGAGAGCAUCGGAAACUGUCCCUUCUCCCAGCGCCUCUUCAUGAUCCUCUGGCUCAAAGGAGUCGUGUUCAACGUCACCACCGUCGACCUCAAGAGAAAGCCGGCGGAUCUGCACAACCUGGCCCCGGGGACGCACCCUCCCUUCCUGACCUUCAACGGAGAGGUCAAGACCGAUAUCAACAAGAUCGAGGAGUUCCUCGAGGAAAUGCUCAGUCCUCCAAAGUAUCCCAAACUGGCCGCCAAGCAGCGAGAGUCUAACACAGCUGGAAAUGACAUCUUCGCCAAGUUCUCAGCCUACAUCAAGAACACCAAGCUGGAGGCCAAUGCUGCUCUGGAGAAGGGUUUGACCAAGGCCCUGAAGAAGCUGGAUGACUACCUGAACAGCCCCUUGCCCGAUGAGAUCGACGCGGACAGCAUGGAAGAGGAGAAGGGCUCCAGCCGACCCUUCCUGGACGGGAACGAGCUCACUCUCGCCGACUGUAAUCUGCUGCCGAAGCUGCACAUAGUCAAGGUUGUUGCGAAGAAGUACCGCAACUACGACAUCCCCUCGGACAUGACGGGCGCGUGGCGGUAUCUGAAGAACGCCUACACGCGCGACGAAUUCACCAACACCUGCGCCGCCGACGCUGAGAUCGAGACCGCCUACAAAGAUGUGGCGAGGAGACUGGCCAAGUAACUCGCCAACCGAGCAAAGACCAACUAGCAGCAUCACUUUUCAAACACGCGUACAUGUGACUAUCCUAGAGUCUCCUUCAGUGAGAAUUUAUCUCAGAACCUGUGGUUUUUGUCUGUCGUAGUAAAACAGGUCAUGGCGCUGCAGAUGUCUUUGUUGACGCCUGGCUUGAGGCGCUCUGCAGCUCCAGAUGUGGUGGAUGUGCAUUGCGAAUACAGAGACAGACACCGCUGAAUCAGAAAAACGGAGCAGAAUAUAAAUCAAAGUCCAAUGAGAUUAAUUCACAGCCCUUCAAACCAGAUGAAAUUGUUCUGCUGCCGUGAAACGUCUGACAUAACCCCCUUCUCCCUCAAACGUGAUUGUGUCUGUCUGCAUUCAUUUCUCAUAACACAAGGCUCUCUUUCAUACGUACUCCACCGGUCCACGCGGCCAAACGUUUUACUAGCUGCUGAUGUCAGGCUUGUUCUCUUUAUUUAUUCCUAAGCCCACAGAAGUCGAGUCUGACUCCAGUGUUUAUUGUCAAGUCCUGGCUCCACGGGGAGACACCUUUAAAUGAACUCAUGCUUGAUGCUCCUAAUUGUGGGCUGAAUAUGAUUGUUGCAAUCGACAGAUUCCCUCUCCGAUUGUCAUUCACUGCUGUGGGUGUAGCCGUGGCUGUUUUGUUACCCUUAAAAAUUCACUCCUGCUUCUAAAAGGCUGGUUUUUAAGAGGGAUUGAUUUGAAGAAUGCGAUGAUAUGCUUGAUGACAUUAGCGGAUGAGGGCGUCCGUAGCCUAGAACAAAGCUUGUGUGCGAAUGACUUGCAUGCGUGAAUCUGUUUUAAAUUGUAAUUCUCAAACCUGAUCUUUAUAAGAAAUGAUCAAAAAAAUCAUCGACUAUGUGCCUUAAUUUGGAAGUAUCUAAAAGUCAGUGCCAAUGUCACUGAUGGACUCAUUCUGAAAAAUGUAUUGCAGACCAGAGCGGAGACGUUUGUUUUGCCCCGAGCUGUUAGUGUUCAGGUCCAAGGUAUUGAUUUCAUCUCCAGUUACAGACGAUAUUAUGAAUGGAGAGAGUAUUUAUUCAGCAGCCCCAAUCAGGCCUGAUUGGCUCGAGAGCCAUUAGCGCUGCGAUGAAAAGCAUCUUCCAGGCCAGGUCCUCCACGGUCAGGAGCCCUGCCCUCCAGCUCCUCAUCACAGACACAUUUCCUCCGCUCUGAGGAGUCUAUCAACUUCCACAUGCCUAAGAGUUCAAAAGUUUCAUUAAAAGGUGGACGGAUUGUCAGAGGAGGAUGGAAAUUUGUUUUUCGGGGGGCUUAUCGUCUUUGGCUUGGUGUCAGGCUUGCAACUAUAGCGAGACUUCCUUGAAGAACCAUAAGGCUCUUGUGUGGUUUGGACAAACAUAUGAAAUGAAAUUGGAGCAUGAUGACUGAGGGGCUUGCUCAUUGCAAAGCUCUACAAAUAAAAUAAUAUUUUCACA